GUGACAUUUUAGAUGAGGCAACAAGGAAAGACCUUUUCACUGACACUUUCUGUAAGGUUUGCAGGGCAGUGCUGCAGUUUGAGCCUCAAAGGACAUCACACUAUCAGGGCAAAAAGCAUGCUCAGAAAGUUCGUCUCUACAUCCAAAUGCAUGGUGAGAAAGAAGAGAGGCAGGAGCAUGGCAAACAGAAGAAAACGGAUUGUAGCAGUUUUCAGAUGAAUGGAAGUGGAGUAGUGGACAAAAACAAAUACUGCAAUCUCUGCAACAUGAUUUUGACUUCCCCAGUUGUUGCUUUGUCUCACUACUUGGGAAAGAUCCAUGCUAAAAAGCUGAAGCAAUUAUCAAGAGACCAAGCCCACGUGCCAGCAGAGAGCAUGCAGCCUGUUUCUGCUUUACAGGAACCAUCAGCUGAGAAGCCCUUGCUGCCUUCAAAUGCUGAAGAGUCUUUGUCAUCCUCCAACACAAGGUUGAAGGUAAAUGAUCCGGACAAGUACUGCAAGCUCUGCUGUGCCCCCUUCAAUAAUCCACUUGUGGCCCAGCAGCAUUAUGUUGGUAAGAAACACAGAAGAAAUGAAGCACGGAAAAAGAUAUUGGAGGAGCUGGGAGACAAAGCCGUCCCUGCAGAAUCCGGCACAAAGGGUUCCUUCUUUUCAGCAGUUGGAGUUGGAUAUUACAUGUGCCCCGUAUGUAAUGUCACUCUUACUUCUAUAGAAACGUACCAGUCCCACGUGCAAGGAAAUAAGCACCGGAAUAAAGAAACAGCACUCGUCAAUCUCAUGAAGAAAUCGGAGAAACCGCAUGACUCCUUUCAAGAUGAAUUAACAGAUUCCACUAAAGUUCAGAAAGCUAGAGGUCUAGAACCAAGAAGGUAUUUAGGAAAAGCAGAAGAGGAAGAGUUUCAAGAUAAAGACAUUGAAGGAGGAAGUGACCUUGGUGAGGUUAUAUCUUCAAACUUUAAGUGUGAACAAGGCCAGCAUUCCAGCCUUUUCUCAGAAACCCAGUCACCUACAAAUACUGGGGAAAACAGAUCGCCAAGCUGGCCAUCAGCUCAUCAGCAUGCACUAGAAAAUACACUUAAUUGUCACUAUAACAGGGGAUACUGUAAAGAAGAGCAAGAAGAGCAUGCAUCUGAGGUGAUCGGUGUCAGAGACAAGAGCUUCAGCCUGUCAGUUGCAGAAUCUAAAGACUGCUACAAACUUGCUGAAACUUCUACCAGCUCCUACGGAAAAGAACAGAAAUUUCAGAUAAAACAUUUUGAGGAGGAAAAAUACAUCAGUGAAGAACUGAAGUACAAGAAAGAAGCUACAAAGCGGAAAAGAAAGAAAAAUAGGGAAGGUGCAGAUUUUGGAAAAGAAAGUGAGAAACAAAAGAGAAUUAAAUUUGAGAUAGACUUUGUAAAUGAGAAGAAAUCAAGACCUUAUAAAGCCAAAAAAGUUAAAGAAAACCCUGCUGAGAAAGAGAGCAAAAAGCACAAAAUGGAUAAAAAGAAGCCACAGACAGAUGGCAAAAGAGAAGAGGAGCUACUUUGGGAUGAAUCUGUCUUGGGAUAUUGA